UCGCCACUGUUUUUUUGAAUAUAUUAGAAAAGAAAAAAAGUAGAACAGAGCGGAAGUUCACUAGCAUCAAAUUAAUUUGCACUUUAGGAGUAAAUAUAUCGAAUAAUACGGUUCAAAAUUUUAACAUAUUUUUGAAAACAGUACAAAAGUGCAUCGAAAAGUGUGAAAUUGUGGGACAACUUAAAUUUAUAAGUAUAUUUUAUAGUUUGGUUUAUAAUCAAUGUAUCCACGAAGCUGCGAUUUUUGGAAAACACAACUAAAUUAAUCGUUCCAACACGUAAUGGAUGAAAAAUCGGGUUUUUUGGGUACUUUUCUUGCUAAAGGUCUGAAAACAAAUCAAUUGGAGGUAAACACAGAUGAAAAAACCUUGCGUCCAAUUGCACGUUUGAAGGAGCCAAGAGAUCUUUUCGCGCUGCCUAAGGACAAGGAUAAUGUUUGCUCACAGCAGGCCCCCAGAUGGCCUGUGGAGUGUCAGGUCAUAGAAGAACGAAUUAUACAUAUACCUUAUGUGCCUAUCUUACCGGAACCACUAAAUGCUCCAACGGGUAAUGAAAUAAAACCACGUCCUGUAGGUGAAGAAAAUGGCACUGUGGUAUUUAAUUAUAAUCCUAUUAGCGCCGUCAACUAUGAUAAUUUAAAAAAGAAACCAGCUGACGACUCAAGCGAUACUGAUUCAGAUAUUGAAUCAGUCGAUUCAGAAGCUGAAAAACAAACCGACUUGAAAAUAGAAAAGAGUAUUACCAAGAUUUUGGAGUCGAUGUCGUCAAGCAAUUCGAAUGAAGACGAUGAUGAUGAUGAUGAUAGCGAUGGGGAUGAAUGUGACGUGGAUAGUGAUACCUCUGCGAUGAAUAUGCGUAAACAAAAGAGUUUAAAAAAGAAGAAAGAACAUAAGGAAAUACCAAAAAUUGUUGAGGACGAAAUUGAAGAUAUAUGGGCUAAUAAAACACCAGAAUAUAAACCAUCCACACCAAUUCCUGUAAGGCACCGAAAAAGAACUCAAGAAGUUACUGUAAAUGAGGAAGCAGCAAAUGGUGGAGAAGUUUUAGCGCCAACAUUUGUUCCAAAUAAAAAUGAUUUGAAGGAAAAUAUAAUUAUAAAAGUUGCAAGUAUUAUUAAUGAAUAUAGUGUGAACAGUGAAGAGGGUGAAGAGCACGAUCUCAAACAAAAUGAUUUAAAAACGAAAUUGCUUGAUAAUAUUCAAGAAUUAAGAAACAAGAAUGUAGAAUUAGAAGUGAAAGGGAAUAUUAAAUGUAAAGAAAAUGCACAAAAUAAAGAAAAUGCACAAACUCAGUCUAAACAAAAUAAUAGCAAUGAAACACAAAUUAAUAAUGAUAAUGAACAAAAUGCUGAUGAUGAUUCUUUAAAUUUACCACAGUUCAGUCGUUCAUCUGUCGGCGGUUCUAAAAUUUUAACUAACUGCCAUCCCUUUAAUCCUAUUGAUUACGAUGGACUGGAAUUCGAAUCCCGCUUCGAAUCUGGUAACCUGGCAAAGGCUGUGCAAAUAACUCCAAGUUACUAUGAAUUGUAUUUACGUUCAGACUUGUACACAAGUCGAUCCAAGCAAUGGUUUUAUUUUAGAGUAAAAAAGACUAGAAAAAAUCGAAAUUAUAGAUUUUCUAUUGUUAAUUUAGUCAAAUCGGACAGUUUAUUUAAUGAUGGUAUGCGUCCGGUCAUGUAUUCUACAAUCGAUGCCAAGCAAUCAAAAAUAGGUUGGCGACGUUGUGGCGAGAAUAUAAGCUACUAUCACAACGAAGAUAGUUCUGGUGAAGAGGAGGAGAAUGCUUCGUUUACUUUGACUUUUAAUAUAGAAUUUCAAUAUGACAAUGAUACGGUUUAUUUUGCUCAUUGUUAUCCUUAUACAUAUAGCGAUUUACAGGAUUACCUGAUGAAUAUACAAAAGGAUCCAAUUAAAUCGAAAUUCUGCAAAUUAAGACUUUUAUGCCGCUCAUUAGCUGGUAAUAAUGUAUAUUAUUUAACAGUGACUGCACCAUCACCGGAUGAGCACUCAUUAAGACGCAAAAAAUCGAUUGUUGUAUCUGCACGUGUACAUCCAAGUGAAACUCCAUCAUCAUGGAUGAUGAAAGGACUAAUGGAUUUCAUAACUGGUGAAACAAUAGUGGCCAAGCGUUUACGUCACAAAUUCAUAUUCAAACUGAUACCAAUGCUUAAUCCUGAUGGUGUUAUUGUUGGUAAUACACGUAAUUCGCUUACAGGCAAAGACUUAAAUCGACAAUACCGCACCGUCAUAAGAGAAUACUAUCCAUCCAUUUGGUAUACAAAAGCAUUAAUUAAAAGACUGGUUGAUGAAUGCGGUGUUGCAAUGUACUGUGAUAUGCACGCUCAUUCUCGCAGGCACAAUAUUUUCGUUUAUGGCUGUGAGAAUAAACGUAAUCCGGAAAAGAAGCUGACGGAACAAGUUUUUCCGCUAAUGAUGCAUAAAAAUGUGGCAGAUAAGUUCUCCUUUGAAUGCUGUAAAUUUAAAGUGCAACGCAGCAAAGAAGGCACUGGACGCAUUGUGGUUUGGAUGCUAGGCAUAACAAACAGUUAUACUAUUGAAGCAUCCUUCGGUGGAACUUCGUUGGGUUCACGUAAAGGCACACAUUUCAAUACAGGGAAUAAUAUUUAA